CUCAAAUAAACAUUCCAAGAGAUUUUUCAUAAACCUUUGAAAGAAUAAAGUAUAUCAAACUGAGAUACAAAGAAUUCAAUUGAAUCAAGCGAAAGCAUUUCUUUAAGUCCAUCUGAUAAAACAUUUAUUCAGUAUCAAAAUGGCCCUCAAAUGGUUGUCUCUGGUUUUCAUGGUCAUGCAAUGCAUUAUGAUAGCAACAGCAGCAACAACUCCCGGGAAUAUUUCAAUCAAUGAUAUGAAGCAAAAUCUUACAGUAUCACAAACAAUUCUUGAUUCUGAUGAUGAUGCUGCCACUGUUUUCAAUGUAGAAAAAUAUGGCGCAGUAGGGGAUGGAAGGCAUAAUUCUACCGAGGCAUUUGUAAGAGCAUGGAAUGCAGCAUGUAAAAAGUUAUCAGCCACUUUGUUAGUGCCAGUUGGCAAGAAAUUUCUUGUAAACGACUUGUUUUUUGAGGGGCCAUGCGAACCUGGCUUCAUUUUUAAGGUAGAUGGGAUCAUAGCUGCACUCGAAAAUCCAACAAGUGGGAAGAAUACAGAUAUAUUGUUGCAAUUCGCUAAACCUGAAAGUUUUACUCUGAUGGGCAUAGGUAUAAUUGAUGGGAAGGAUGUAAAGGGGUGGGCUGAGCAAUCUACUUUGGUUAAUGAACAAAGAAAGCAGGUGGAACGUCGCCUACUUCCCACAGCUCCUUGUCACAAAGGAGGCGGUCCAAAACAUAAUUAAUCAGUACAUUUUCUCACUACACGUAGCUUUGUGCGAUUCCUGGGGAAUUCAUACAACAAUUAAACCUUGUUUUUGAGAAAGUUGUAUCUUUUUGUUAGUAUGGAACCGUAGCCUAGAUCUAAAAGGAAGUCCUACAGGUCAAAUUAUGCGCUUGCAGCAGUCUACUUCAAUUUUUUUCCCACUAAGGGAUUUUUCUACUUGGUUGCCAAAAUUGGAUAUCUAAUCAUUGCAAGUGCUCUCC